UGGGAGAGACCCUUGUGCUGUUGGAUGUGGAUUGGACAUCGGCAAUUAUGGAUUGAAGAAUAAGAAUGAAGAGAGAGAGAGAGAGGGAGAGAAGAAUGGGUGGAGAUGCUUUAAUAUGCUCUUGUAGAUUGGACAUCUGCCCUUCUCUCUUCCCUUCUCCACCCAGUAGCCACGGCCACGUUCCAUUUUCCCUUUUUCCAUUUCUUUCAUGUUUGAUAGCAUUUCAUCUCUUCCUUCUUGUUUCUCAAUUUCCAAUUUUUAUCGUUUCAUUUUUCAAUUUCCUUCUUUCAUCCUUGCUUCUCCACUCCCCUCUGUCUGUCUGUCUGUCUGUCUGUUGUCUCUCUCUCUCUCCCCUUUUCCUCCUAGCGGAUAGAUAGAUGUACCCACAAAUUUAAAGAGAACAGAAACGACUGUUUCCUUCACAUUUGGAUUUGAGAGUGUGUUCUUCAGAAGACUCUUCAGUUUGUGAAGAUUAGUUAAUGUUGAUUGAAGUCGAUACAUUGAAGUCCAAAGAAGUUAGGAAAAGCCCAGAGAAAGCUUGCCAAUCUGUAUAGGUUAGAUUUUCCACGGAUGAAAGUUGGGAUCUGUUUCGUUCACCAGAUCUGACCAAUCAUUUCCAUUUCAAAGUGCCUUCACUCAUCGGACACCUCGACUUUGCUUUCUUGUUUUAGUCAUUCAGCUUCGCGAGCACGCUAGAUGGUCGGUUGGAACCGGUUAUCGAUAUCUCCAGGUUAUUCCUGAUGAUAAAAGGUGACGAAUUAGUUGAAAAAUGACAGGGUAUGCAAGGUUGGAGGGGCUGGAGGGUGGCUUUUACUACUAUCCAUUCAGUGAUUUUGAUGGAGGAGAUGUCUUCUGUGAUUGCUGCGCCAUUUAGAGUAGGUAACUCAAUUUGUGAUUACCCAACCUUAGGAACCCACAUGAGUAUUACUGGGCUAAAGUUGAUGGGAGAUGAAGAAAAAUUGUUUCUGAAUUCUACAGAUAACAUUUCUGCUGAGUAUGCUUCCGGUGGAGAUGAAAAUUCCAGCUGUGCUGAUUCAGUGCCUGGUGAAAUUAGCAUUAUAGCAGUGUCCGUGCCUGGUGAAAAUAGGAAUGGAGGGACUGAUUUGUUGGAUAUGAGAUCUGAAAAUGAAAGCAACUGCGGUCCUAGUGGUGCCAUAAUCCAGGAAUUUGAAGAAGAUGAUGCACUUUCAUUGGAGGGUGAUCAAAAUCUUGAUAGCUCUUGUUCGCUUUCAGUGGUUAGUGACACAAGUAGCAUAUGUGGUGAUGACUUUUUAAUUGUUGAGGCGAUGUCUGAGAUAAAAACACCAACUUCUGUCAAUGUUGAGAAGAACAUAUGUGAUGUUGAGAUAAUUGCAAAAACUGCAGAGGUGGGGGGGUUGAAUCUUGAGGGGGAGAUUGUGAAUGACCCUCUUGCCAUGGCAGUGAGCCUUGUUGAAGAGAUUGGAGAUGGAUCUAACUCGAAAUCUUCUGCAGUUGUUCUUGGGUUGCCUUUGGAAACAGGUUUGACUGGUAAAGUUUCCAGGAGUGUUUUUGAGGUGGAUUGUGUGCCCCUUUGGGGAUUUACUUCUGUGUGUGGAAGGAGGCCAGAGAUGGAAGAUGCUGUUGCAACUGUGCCUUGGUUUUUGAGAAUUCCAAUUCAGUUGCUAAUUGGUGACCAGGUUGUUGAUGGGUUGGACAGGUGUUUAAGUCAUCUUUCAGGUCAUUUCUUUGGAGUUUACGAUGGCCAUGGAGGUUCUCAGGUUGCAAACUAUUGUCAUGAUCGUCUUCAUUCUGCUUUGGCCGAGGAGUUAGAAACUAUUAUGGCCAGCCUAAGUGAUGGAACUAUAAAUGAUAAUUGCCAAGAGCAGUGGAGAAGAGCAUUCACUAAUUGUUUUCUUAAGGUUGACGCUGAGGUUGGAGGAAAAGAUAUUAACGAGCCUGUUGCUCCUGAAACUGUUGGUUCGACAGCUGUUGUUGCCAUCAUUUGCUCAUCUCAUAUUAUAGUGGCCAAUUGUGGUGAUUCGAGAGCAGUAUUAUGUCGUGGGAAAGUACCCAUGGCACUGUCUGUUGAUCAUAAACCAAAUCGAGAAGAUGAAUAUGUAAGAAUUGAAGCAGCUGGAGGCAAGGUCAUUCAAUGGAAUGGACACAGAGUCUUUGGUGUUCUUGCAAUGUCAAGGUCUAUUGGCGAUAGAUACUUGAAGCCAUCCAUUAUCCCAGAUCCAGAAGUAAUGUUUAUUCCUCGAUCCAAAGAAGAUGAAUGCCUUGUUCUUGCUAGUGAUGGCCUGUGGGACGUAAUGACUAAUGAAGAAGUCUGUGAUGUGGCUCGAAGACGGAUACUCACCUGGCACAAAAAGAACGGUGUUACACUAGCGUCAGGAAGGGGUGAAGGAGUGGAUGCUGCAGCUCAAGCAGCUGCAGAGAGCCUUUCCAACCGCGCUCUCCAGAAGGGUAGCAAGGACAACAUCACUGUCAUCGUGGUGGACUUGAAAGCCCAGAGGAAGUUCAAGAGCAAAACUUAAAACGAUACUUCGCCCACAACAUUAUUAAUUGGUUUGCUUUACGUUGUUUGCACCAUAUGUGAACGCUACAAACUGCAUAGCCUAUGUGGUUUAGCCCGUCUGUUUUUCAUCUGGGCUUUAGAGUACUAGUUUCGUUGUAAAAUAUAGAACAUACCUUUCUCUAGAACGCUGCAAUAUUUUCAAUUCAAUUCGAUUCUAUUCUAUUCUGUGA